UUCCCGACGUCGUGAACUCGUGAUUGGAGUGCGCCUUGCCUUAAGACCAUUUUUUUCCUCUCCUCUCUCUCUCUGCCCCUCCCUCUCUUCCAUGCGCCACGCCUCCGCCCCGCCCCAAUUUUCCCAAAUCCAAGCGCUCCCAGCCCGAGGCCUCGUCCCGCCGGAGCAAGCCGCGCGCCGCCUCGGGCGCUUUCUCCCCGAGGCUACCCCCCCCCCGCCGCCGCCGCCGGAUUGGCGCGGAGUGGAGAUCCGCCCUGUCUCCCACAUGCUAGUAAAAUAAGAAAAAUCAGCUACUGCAUCCAUGAUACUUAGAGACUCCACUGCUUCAUUGACCAAGAAAAUAUAGAAGAUCUAGGUGUCUUGUAGAAGUAAGGUGUUGAAAGGAAUAGAUUAUUAUAGGGGAGGAAUAAAGAAUGGGAAAAGGAGAGGUGGCCACUAGGUCCAAAUCUCAAAAAUCAUCGGCAACGCAGAAUGAACAGAGUACGCCCACUAAUCCCCCUACUGCAUACCCUGACUGGUCUCAGUUUCAGGCAUACUAUAAUCCUGCUGGCACAGCUCCAAUGACCCCGCCAGCUUUUUUCCAUCCAAACAUGGCUCCAAGUCCUCAGGGGCACCCAUAUAUGUGGGGUCCACAGAUGAUGCCUCCCUACGGAACACCACCACCAUAUGCAGCGAUGUAUGCGCAAGGCACACCAUAUCAGCAGGCACCUAUGCUACCAGGUUCACACCCAUACAGUCCUUAUCCAGGGCAGUCACCAAAUGGGGCAGUUCAAACUCCUACAUCUGCUGGCGGAACAGAGACAGAUAAGUCAAGCAAAAGUAAGCGGAAAACUCCCCUGAAGAGAUCGAAAGGAAGCUUAGGUAAUCUGGAUGUAGCUGCAACCAGAAAUAAAAAAACACCUGCAAAACCUUCAGCAUCCUCCUCCAAUGAAGGUUCUUCACAAAGUGAGAGUGGAAGUGGAAGUUCUUCUGAAGGAAGCAGUACAAAUUCCAAAAGUGGUUCAAGGAAGGAAGGUUCUGAGCAUGACCAGGGUAAUGAUGCUAGCAACAAAGGAGCCACUGUUCAGAGCUCUGCAGUUGAACCCGUACAAGCGUCUACUGGGCCAGUUGUGCUUAACCCUAUGAUGCCAUACUGGCCUGUCCCUCCUCCCAUGGCUGGCCCGGGAAUGGAUUACUGGGGUACUCCUGCUUCAGUACCCAUGCAUAAUAAAGUAAUUGCAGCACCGUCAUCAGCUCCUUCAUCAAAUUCACGUGAUAUUGUUCUCAGUGAUCCAGCCAUACAGGACGAGCGAGAACUGAAGAGACAAAAGCGGAAGCAAUCAAAUAGGGAAUCAGCUCGGCGCUCAAGAUUGCGCAAGCAGGCUGAAUGGGAAGAAGUAGCCAAUCGAGCUGAUUUGCUAAAGCAGGAAAACAGUUCACUUAAGGAAGAAUUGAAACAACUUCAGGAGAAGUGCAAUAGUUUGACCUCAGAAAAUACAGAUUUACAUGAAAAGCUUAAAGAGCUUGAAGGUGAGAAAUCAAAUGGAAACUGGUAUAAAGAGUGAAAGGCUGUAACUUAUCACUUUCUGACUUCUGAUAUAAAUUGGAGGCGACAUGGUAGGUCCGAUAAUUAGGAGGUAUUCAUGUAUGCUAUUAGAUUUUUGGCCGAGAGGUAGAAUUGUAUCAUAGAGUUUGACAUGAUGGCUACAGAUUCUUCUUCCAGUUGCCGCGGCUGCUGUACUCUUAUGUUUUUUCUUCUUCUUGCACUUGUGUAAGAUGUUAUGUAAAAGUCCCCAAGCGAUGUUUGAAACUCUGGGGUUUAGCUUCUGAGAUAGUUGAUGUAGAGCUGCUCAUUGAGAGUCUUUACCUGAAUUAACGUGUCACACUUAUAAUUUGUGACAUAUCGUUCAGAUAAUUAGAGGUACAGAUUUGUAUAAC